UCACUUGGCACCGCCUAACCGUCUCGCUCGGUCGCACGCACACACGCUCAGGACAGCCGCCUACUCGCACUGAACACGCGCGCGCGCGCAGAAGCAUCGCACCACUAGUUCGUACACGCACGCCGACGUAGAGACGARAAUAUUAAUAACUCACGGCACGACCGAUCGCCGCUGAUCAGACUGAACUCGGUCGACUCAGUAUACCACCGUCGCCGCCGUCCGCCGCAUCCCGGAGGAGCGCGUGUCGACCGCACGCGGCAAUUUCAAAUGUUCCGUAAUUUUUUUCACACUGUCCCCCGUCACAUUUAACGCGACACUGCGCCCUCAACGGUUAAUUUAUAGUCCAUAUUUUUGCGUAUAGGACCUACUAUUAUUUUUAACACUAUUUUAUUUAAUAAUAUAACCUUUUUAGUUUUUUACCAUCGAGACUAGUACAUUAAAUAACUUAUUAUUUUUAUAACGCUGUUCCGAAAGUAUAUUAUUGCAUAACACUAUAUAUUGUAUAAUUUAUUAUACACRUCUACCUACACGUACACGCGAUGAGUUUCCUAAAGUAUACAUUCGCAUUGAUUUCGGUCGUUUUGGCCACCGGCACAGUUCGAGCAUGGGAUUUAGGCAUCGUAACUCCAGCUCAGGUUCAGUUCCUUACAAAAAGUGUCGUGGAAAAUACGGCAGCUGAUAAGUUAAAAAGCAUGGGUGCCAUUGCGUAUGAUCCUAUUAAAAAAGACGUAUACAUCAGCGACGCCAAUCAGAAAGGUGGAAGUAUAUUUCGGUUAAAGACUACCGGUGAUACAGCGUACACCAUCAUCGAACCCAUCGUUGCUAAACAAAACGUUACCGUACUGGGUAUGGUUUUCGAUGAACGUACGUCCACGUUGUACUGGACUACUGGUAACGGGCUGACYAUUAAUUACGUUCACGUACCAGAAAAUAUGACUAAGGUUCCACUCAAAGGACACGUCCUUUUCAAGUUUAAGAAGUCAAUACCCCAGGGUAUCGCUAUUGACACGUGUCGAGGGUAUUUGUACUGGACAAACUGUAACCAUCUAAACGCGACCAUCGAACGGUCGCGUCUGAACGGUUCAGAUCGUCAAAUCAUCGUGCACGAGAGUCUAUUCCAGCCGCUCGGCAUUGCAGUUGAUGUGGAACGUAAUUUGAUCUACUGGAGCGACGAGCACGAGAGCCUAUACUAUAGUAUCGAGAGCAGCAACCCGGAUGGUAGCUCCCGUAGGACGCUCAUCCGCGGUACGCACCACCAGCCGUUCUCCAUAGCGGUAGACGACCGAGACAUCUAUUGGAGCGAUUGGAUCAACAACGCCGUGUGGACGAUGCCCAAGGAUUCGUUCCAGGGUGGCGUGCAGCCGACCCUGGUCGCCAAGUACGAGUUGAUCAACACGCCCAUGGGACUGAUAACGCCCACCGGCAACACUACCAUGGUCAACAGCACGUAUUGCGCGAUGCACAGGUCAAAAGUACGUUUCACACUGUUUUUCCAGGUUAACUCCGUCCCUGCAUACCCGAACUCGUUCCCCCAACAGAACAUUGGGCAAAGGUCAGACCAGGGAAUUGUGCUGSUUGGGGUACAGCAUAAUGAUGAGGCUGUCGAUUUAGCCAAACGAAGGGAUCUGAUUGUAAUUAUGAGUGGGGAGUUGGGUGUUUUGAAAGCAUUUGAAACAAGAGGUUGUAAAUAUGAAAAAGAGUCAGUUUUGAUUAGAAAUUUGUUAAGGGUGUUGAGGAACAUCUGCAAGAACAAGGGCGUAUUGCACGCCAACGGGACGUGUACGUGCGCGCCGGGAUUCGAGGGCGAAUAUUGCCAGACGGGCGUUUGCGACGGUUACUGCGCGUACGGGACGUGCACGCUGUCGGACGCGGGACAGCCGACGUGCCAGUGCUCGGAGACCAGCUACGGUGACCGGUGUGAUAAGCAACUGUGCGCGGGUCGGUGCCAGAACGGCGGCGAUUGCACGAUGGACGGGGCCGGCAACCCCCGGUGCGAGUGCCCGGUGGGGUACGCGGGUGAAGCGUGCGAGUACAAGGCGUCGUGGCUGAACGAGGUGUGCACGGUGUACUGUCAGCACGCCAUGUCCAAACAGCAACAGUCGUCCGUCUGCAGGUGCGACGAAUACAGCAGGCAGUUUGAUUAUUCUGAAAUGGCCAUGCUCAACCAUUCGGACAUGUCGUCAUGCAAGCUCAGCAAAAGCAUGGUGGCCGUGAUCGCCAUACUCACGGUGUUCGUCGCCAGCCUUGGUACCAUAACCAUAGUUCUGUCGAGAAAAGUGCGGUUGUUGGGCCGCCGUCCCAGGAUUAAAAAGCGCAUCGUUGUGAACAAGAGUAUCACACCGUUGACGUGCCGACCGCCGCAACAGGAGAACCAACAGUGCGAAAUAACCAUCGAGAACUGUUGCAACAUGAACAUUUGCGAAACGCCAUGUUUUGAACCGGAUUUCCGAUCGCCAAAGAUGGGAGGUCUUAUGUCGUUGGGCAAGUCGAAAAAAGAAGACAAAGCGAACUUGCUGAGCAACACGGACAUAUCGAGUGAAGACGAAAAACCGUUAUAUUAAUGUAGUUGUGGCAUAAAAUCGAAAUGUAAUUUUUUCGUUUUUACCAAUGUUUUUACUUAAGGGGCUGUAUAUGCAUAACACGUUGUACGUUGUUGUCGUUGUUAUUGUAGUUGGACAAAUUUGUGAUAUUCUACUAUUAUAUUGUUUCUAGCAAUUCGGUUUCCAUUAUUUUUACGAUUUAAACCGUCGAGGAGAGCAUCAUUUUAUAGCAUUACCUUCAAUUAUUUUUGUAGAAAAAUAAUUAAACGGAAGGCUCGAUUUAAAUACCGAAUAUUUUCUAUUGAAACGUAUCGUGUGUUUGCGAAAACUUUGUACUUACUGUACUGCAAAUACGAUUUAUGUAGUUCCUUCGGUACGACACGUUUGACUGAAUGCAUGUGCCGCUUUUUAUUUUAUCCAAACGCGCAGCCCCCUCAAAUCCAUAUAAUUAUAUUAUUAUUAUAUUUUAAUAUUAAUUUAUUAUUAUUAUUAUUAUUUAUUUUAUUUUAUUUUUUUAAUAAGCUGUUUUAAAUACAAGACUGGAAAUUUGUAUCUAUUAAGUAUUUUUUUUUCGUUUUAUUGUUAAAAACUAGUGAAAUUAGUGUAUUGUCGUUAAUAUAAGUAUUUGUAUUUACUUUAUAUUUUGUAAAUUAAAUAUUUAUCUUUAAAAAUAA